AUGUCCAGCAUCUUGUUGAAAAACUUCCACCUCUGCAUCCCCAAAUUGAGCUGCUUACGCACAGCUCUAUCCCCACCUUCAGAUCAAAACCACCACACCUCAUCCAUCAACUCCAUCACACCAAACCUAAUGAAAAACUUCAAUGCCCUCUACGAACUCACCUCGGACUCCAGCUCCAAGUCUCUCACCUCUUCCACGGAUGACUUCUUCACUUCAUCAGACUACUCCGACCCUGAAAACUUACCGGACAUCACCACCGUUUUCGCCUCUCAACGCUUCUUUUUCUCCUCCCCCGGCCGCUCCAAUUCCAUCGUUGAAUCACGGGAAUCCGCGACGGAGUCUGACCCGGUAGUUAACGGCGGUGUCGCCGUUCAUACAUUCUCGCCGGACCCAUAUUGUGACUUCCGGAGAUCAAUGCAGGAGAUGGUGGAAGCACACCAGCUGACUGACGUAAAGACUGACUGGGAUUUGUUGCAUAAACUUCUCUCAAGUUAUUUAACUCUGAACCCUAAACACACCCACAAGAUCAUUGUCCGUGCUUUCGCAGAUCUUGUCAUUUCUCUCAUCAUGUCAUCAACAACUACCAACAGUAGCCGGAAAACUGAAGACCAACACCAGUACUGUGCCACAUCACGGCGGCUGGUGUGA